AUGGGUGAAGGAGGCGGAGGAGGCGAAUUCCCGCCAAAAAAGGACGGUCUAGAAGAGUCUGCUUUUCCGGCGAAGAAGCCAGCGAGGCAACUCGACUUCACUUGUGGCGGCUCCGAUCAACAUUCACUCUCUAAAGCGGUGGCUGCUCCUACCGUCGUCUCUACGGCGGUUAAGGCCAUCGUCACUCCUUCCUUUCCUUCACCGGCAGCGACGACGACGAUACGGCCUCCUCCGACGGUGGGAAUCGGUCAGGUACGACCGACGUUACCAGUGGUGACGACAAAUCCGCCGUCACAAUCACAAAUUCUUAACGCGCCAAUUAGGCUUCCAAAGCCGGAUUCUCCAAAAUCUAGACCAAGGCCUAUUGUGGAAGCUAGAGAUGGAGCCCCUCAAAAGAAGAAGCAGUGUAACUGUAAACACUCACGCUGCUUGAAACUGUACUGUGAAUGUUUUGCAUCCGGAACGUAUUGUGAUGGCUGUAACUGUAACAAUUGUUUCAACAAUGUUGAAAAUGAACCUGCAAGACGAGAAGCUGUGGAAGCAACUCUAGAGCGGAAUCCAAAUGCGUUCAGGCCUAAAAUUGCUAGCAGUCCACAUGGUGUGCGGGAUAAAAGGGAGGAGAUUGGUGAAGUUGUAUUGUUAGGGAAACAUAACAAAGGAUGUCACUGUAAGAAAUCAGGAUGCCUUAAGAAGUAUUGUGAGUGCUUUCAGGCAAACAUUCUUUGUUCCGAGAACUGCAAAUGCUUGGAUUGCAGAAACUUUGAAGGAAGUGAAGAGAGACAAAAUCUGUUUCAUGGUGAACAUGCCAACAACAUGGCUUAUCUCCAACAAGCAGCGAAUGCAGCCAUUACUGGAGCUGUUGGUUCCUCUGGCUUUGCUCCUUUUCCAGCACCUAAGAGAAGGAAAGGUCAAGAGAUUUUGUUCAACCAAACAACCAAAGAUUCAUCAAACCAUAGGAUUGGCCCAUUUCAGCAGGCAAAUAGUGGAAGAACUAGUGGCCCAACUUCAGGCACAUCUCCGUCACCUGUUUCUCGUGCUGGUGGAAAUCCAUCAUCAGCCCCAUCAAAGUUUGUAUAUAGGUCCCUAUUAGCAGAUAUAAUCCAACCGCAGGAUGUGAAAGCGCUUUGCUCUGUUUUGGUCGCUGUAGCGGGGGAAGCAGCAAAGACAUUAACAGAUCAAAGAAAGGAAACAGAAAAUCGGGUGGCUGAUAAAACAAUAACAUCUUCAGCUUCUUCUGCACAAGAUCACUCCCAUGGCAAUAAAGUUACCGGCGAUGUCGAGAUGGUUGCAACUGAUGGAAAUCAAGCCGAUAAGUCUGGACCAGAUGAUUCAUAUUCAGAUGGCGCCGAUGCCUCCAAAGGAAAACCGCUAUCUCCAGCAACUUUGGCUUUAAUGUGCGAUGAACAAGACACUAUCUUCAUGGUAGCAGCAGCUUCACCUAAUGGUUCAGUGGAUCCUGGUGGCUGCAGAAUAAACUCACAAGGCCAGUCAGAGAUUUACUCUGAGCAGGAGAGAGUGGUAUUAACCAAAUUCAGAGAUUGCCUUAGUCGACUCAUCUCUUACGCAGAGUUAAAAGAAUCAAAGUGUUCAUCUUUGGCAAGAAUGCACAUACAGCCACCCGCCGCAACCGUGACUGUGAAAACCGAGAAUGGUAUUCAACAGCAGGUACCAGUCGUGAAUGGAGCUUCUCGAACCACCACUCAACCUACACUCAGUAAACCCCUGAUGACUACAGCAAACACCUCAACCACUCAUCAUCUUCAUAAACCUCCAGCUUUAUCAGAGAAGAAAGACCACUGA